AAGUUCGCAUCCCGUAUUGCGGUGGGAGGAGUGGCCCGGUGUCGGUCAUGUCUUAUAAACAUCAAGUUCAUUACAGUCCACGGAACACGUCGCGCAUGGACUUGCUAGGUAUUUGGUUUGCCGUCUUCGACGAGUUAACAGUUAUAUACAGGUUUGCAAUGGUUUCUGUAAAUAUAAUAUAGGUUGCACAGUUGUAUAAGGAAAAGAACAUGGCUUAAUGCGUCGGAAUAAACGUCAAGAUUAGAGCAAAAAUGGCCCUAAAGUUUUCCUAAUUCGAAUUUUUACCUGAGUCAGAAUUUACCGCAACGCUCUCUGAACUACCACCAACAGCGGUCUUUAUUUAGACACAACAGUAGUCCUACUGUACACAUUUGCUUUGCAGUACUUUUAUAUCUAGAUAGCUGUUCCAAUAGUGGAGAAUGGAGACAGGUAAUUGUCGUAUGAAUGGCGGUGGUGGGCUUGACGGUAUCGGUGGAGGCGGCGACAAUUCCUCAAAUGGUAUGAUCACGCUAGAGGACCUGGAAUCUUUUUCGGAAGACCAGCUGUCAGAUUCGGGCACUGGGAGUCUGGAAGAGGCGGGUGAGACGAUCGAGGACGAAGAGCAACAAGACGGAUUGCUGCGCUACUGGCAGGACGCCGCACGGGGACACCAAGUGGAAGUGCCUCGAGACAUGGCUGAGCCCAUCCAGCAGAUUACCAGCAACAACAAUGGCCAACACGACCGGGAGCACGUGCCCUUCACCCUCAUCGCGCGUAAGGAAAAGUGUGGAGACAUGCUCUAUGAGAAGAGACACUAUGAGAAGGCCCACUGGGCGUGUAUCACAGUUCAUGAGGACACCUACGAGCAGAGCAUCUGUUACGGCUUCAUGAAGCUCAUGAGAUACAUCUGCCAGCAGAACUCCUCAGGUAGCUAUCUGGGUAUGACCAUCCCUAUCCUGACUGUGAUCCGUACGGAUGAGAACCACUCUGUCUUAUCCAGGGACGUCACUGUGGCCUACUACCUGCCCACAGAAUACCAAGUCCAGCCACCCCUGCCUUCUGACACUGAAAUAAGCAUUGAGGAAUGGCCUGCCACCAUUGUAUACACAAGGUCCUUCACUGGCGCCACAAACGAGGUGACCAUCAUUAAUGAGAUCAGCGCCAUGGCGGAAAUGCUGGACUCCCCUGCCAUGCAUGUGAAUGACUCGUUCAUCGUGGCCGGCUACACCAACCCUGCGGUGGCGAACCGACAGAAUGAGAUUUGGUUCCUGGAGCGGCCUUGAGGGUCAGCCUAACCUUGGCCCAUCCUCCUAAACCUGACCCACCCAACACCCCCGUCCUCAUCCUAUCCUACUGAUUCACCCCUUCCUGUUCUAGAGAGAAGAGACUUAGGGGCUUUGCUGAAAAGGGCCCUUAUUACUAGUCCUGUGCGAGGCUGCAUCCUUUGGGUCCAUGAACACCUUUACGAUAGGGUAUCUAGAUUAGAUAUUUUACUCUGCUGUUUUCCUCACAUAGUUGGGGCUUGACAUUCACUUAUUUUAGUCACUUGUCAUUCGGACAAGUAGGACAGAUUUUUCAUUUUACUUGUCCCCCAAAAAAAUAAUGGGCCGCAACACUAUUUUUUACAUCAUUGUAUGAUGAAAGGAACCACUUUACAAAAUAAAAUGGAGAAUCAGA